GAGGAGCAACAGUUAAGGGGGGAGGUAGGCAGAGGCAUCAGAGAAGCUCUCUGCCCCACUUACCACAACCACACUCUCCCUCCUCACCCUCAACCCAUCUUCUCAGAGUUCCCCUCCCUGGAGCUGAAGGCGCGACCUGAUGCUGGAGCGCGGGUGAAGGCGCGUGCAGAGCUUUCACAACAGAUGGGAUAAAAGUUGAGGCAUCUGCAGGAUCCGCUGGGUGCGUCGGACCUCGGCUGCGCUCCGUUCCUGCCUUUCAGGUUCGUGUUUGUGCAAAGACGGCGCUGUGAACGGGAGCCGGGACCACGGGAGUCCCGUGAAGGGAGCCGCAUGCCGUUCUGGGGGCUCCUCUUGUUUUUCCCUUUUUGAAUGGAUCGUCCCGAGGGCCAUGAAGCACACGCUGACUUCCAGAGCAAAGCUGAUGUUGAUCCGUGGAACCUAAAGGAGCGAAUAUGAUAAAAGAAUAAUUCAGCCUGGACCUGGAUCAAGUCAGGACACCUCCCCUACUUGCAGGCACAGGGAGUUGUGAUGCUUUUCAAGGGCGCAAGCAGGAAUCCUGGAAUCAGUCCUCGCCUGUGAUGAUGAUGAUGAAGAUGAUGAUGAUAAUGAUGAUGAUGAUGAUGAUGGACUUACCUCAGCCAGCACUUGCCUGUGGAGGUCAGCUGAAGACGACGCCACGCAGCUAAGUCUGGAUUAGCCGGCCCGAACGCCGUCCCCAGGCCUCCUGAUGCUCACCUAGGAGGAAAAAGCCCAGCGAGGCCUCGCUACGGCUCCCCGACGCUGCCGUCUGCCCGCGGCCACACAGUAGAGUUUCAAUGCUCCUCCACGCUCUAAGAUGAAGUUAUGGAAAAGUACUACUUUCGCCUUCGUGCUCUGUGGUGCAGCCCUGUCCGUCCUCCUCCUUAGACACACGGGCACCGUGGGACCGUUUAAAGCCAAGACCAGGCGUUCGCACGCGACCUCUGAACCGCCCGCCGCCGCCGCCACCAGCUCGGCGCCGCGGCUGACGCUCCAUCGCAGGACCCGCUCCGCCGACGACAUGAGCUCGCUGCUGUCAGAGUUUUCCAUGAUGUUCCAGAGCUUCACGGAGGGCGAGCUGCAGCGCGUGCUGGAGACGCUGCUCGACAGGAGGCGCCGCCGGAGCCGGCGCCUGGAGGAGAACCCGGGCCGGAGGACUAAGCGCGCCCGGCGGCCCAAGCCCUGCUCGCUGCGGGAGCUGGAGCUGACGGUGAGCGAGCUGGGCCUCGGCUACGACAGCGACGAGACCGUGAUGCUGCGCUACUGCAGCGGCAAAUGCGCGGCGCAGCGGCACAACUACGACAUCGCCAUGCAGCACAUGGCGCGGGCGGGUUUCAGGAAGCGCGGGCGCAAGGACAAGGUGAGCAACGGGCCCUGCUGCCGGCCCACGGCCUUCGAGAAGGACUUCUCCUUCCUGGACAACCGCAGCCGCUACCACACCAUACACAACGUGUCGGCCAAGCACUGUGGCUGCGUAUGACCCGAGGAACGGACCGCAGCCGACCGGUGACGCGGGGACCGGACGGACCUGGACUGUCGGUCUGUCAGCGAGGAAGGCGCUGAAUGUAACGGACAGAGAGCGACGCGUUCGCGACCGGGAGAGUUUUUUAUUCCUUUUUCUAUCUGUGUAGUAACACUGUAAACUGUGUAGCGACAGGUUUGUGGUGUUACAUUUAGUAGCGAUAGAACGACGGUGAUGAUGAUGAAGAUGCUGAUGAUGAGGAUGGUGGUGAGCCUCGGUGGACUAGACGGUUGCUGUUACUACACUUAGAUCUUCGUGUCGUAGUAGUUUACAUGAUGUCAGCGUCGCCCUUUCAGCCUCUCAGACGCUUGAAAUGGGUUUUAAAGCCAUAAAGAUAAUAACGAAUGUUUACUUCCUGUUCUUCAGGCCAGUCAGGACCAGCGGCCCGUCGUCCACAGGGGCUGCGGGCUUGAGGUGUGCUGAAUAAUCCAGUUCAUGUUACUGAUUGCAGUGUUAUUACACAGGUGAACGUGUUAUUGAUAAGAAUUUGACGAUAGCUCCAGGUUUGAUUUUAAUAAUCGUGUCUUGUAUAUUAAUGUUGUCUAGAUUAACAACAGGGACCUACUUCAAACGACAUAAAUACUCUCACUUAGCAAUGGAACACUUUGACGAAUGUCUCCCAUCUGCUCUCCAUAAAAGCGUCAUCACACUCCAAGAAAUUGACAUUUAAAGUAUUUUUAAUAAUUUUUCCCCCCAAACACGCCCCCGUUGUAAUUAGCCAUAAUCAUCUGGAAUGAUUCUCUCCAAAGCGUUGCCAAAACACAGCCGUUCAGUUCAACGAGCGCAGCGGUCGGCGACCUGAGGCAAACCCAGACCCAUAAACACCUCGCGGCUCGGGUUCCAGGUGACAGAACCUCUGUGAUGAACGUUUACAUGUAAGCUGUUAGCUGGGACUCAAGUGUGAAAGAGAAGAAUGGCUUUAGAGCUCAUUAGCGCUGUGUGUUUUUUACUCGCCGACACAAAAUUAAGCGUGAAGUAGAGUCAGGAUCUGGAAACGUGUCUGCACCCAUCCAUAAAACCCUGGUACUCACUCAUUCUAAAGGCCACAGUUCUGCGCUUUCCCACGUGCAGUGAACGCCUCCUCGUUGUUUUGCCUGGUGGACUUGUGUAGGAAGAAGAAGUAUGAAGCGUCUUUUAAAUGUUCGACAAUUACUGCUCGGUAUGAACCCAUUGCAACUGUUUGCCUGAAGUACAAUAACUUAUAUUUGCUUUCUUUCUUUUUGAGGAAGUGCAGCGUGGGCCAUGGAUGCGGUGCAUCUUUAUUGUAGUUUAUAAUGUAUUUAUUUGGAAGGUAAAUUAUAGUUUUGCAUAUUUAUUUAGACUACCACACAGAAACAGGACAGCUUCUUAUCGUUGAGCAACUGUGCCAAAAAAUGUUUCAUCUAACAUUCUAUAUUGAUUGUUGAAUAAAUGUAAUUUCACAGGUAUGGAUGUUCAUCAUUUCUCUCAAGCCGCUGAUGUUCAGGUUGUAUUUAAAUAAAGGAAUUCUGCAUAAACUCGAAUCCCGCGUUGUCCGGACCUGAUUGACGCGAGGCGUUUUCUGGACAGUUUGGCCGGUGGCCGCGGCGGCUGCUCAUGUCAAAUUAGUGACAAAAAGC